ACAAACCUUUGUAAAUAGAUGUGCUUAUUUCCGAAUAUUCCUUCUAAAUGUUGUGAAAUUACAUUCUUGUCCCUGUUUACGAUUUUCUAUCAUCGGCUCGGCUCCUUCUUGACCAACCAGCAUUGCCAAUUUUCUCCGCUAUUCACCAUGUUCGCUCUCUUCUUCUUCCUUCUCUUUUUCACCCAAACCCUAGCCUCCGCCGCUCCCACUCUCACAAUUUCCCCCAAAAUCCUGAACAAUUCAGGCGACACCGUUUUGAUCAAAUGGUUCAACGUUCCUUCACCUUCCAGACUCGACUGGCUCGGCAUCUACUCACCCCCCGACUCACAUGACCAAAAUUUUAUCGGCUACAAGUUCCUCUCAGCCUCACCCUCAUGGGCUGAAGGAUGGGGAUCCAUCUCUUUACCCAUGACCAAUCUCCGCUCCAAUUACUCCUUCCGGAUCUUCCGCUGGACUGAGUCCGAAGUCAAUCCCAAAAAGCACGAUCACGACCACAAUCCCAUACCUGGCACGGCCCAUUUAUUGGCUCAAUCGGAGCAGCUGGGGUUUGCGUCGGACCGUGGGCCGGAGCAGGUGCAUUUGGCGUAUACGGAUGAGGAGAGUGAGAUGAGGGUGAUGUUUGUGGCGGGGGAUGGGAAGAAGAGGUAUGUGAGGUAUGGGGAAAGAGAGACGGAAUUGAGUGACGUGGCUUUGGCACGUGUGGAGAGGUAUGAGAUGGAUCAUUUGUGCCAUGCCCCUGCUAACAGGAGUGAGGGAUGGAGAGAUCCUGGGUGGAUUUUUGAUGGAGUCAUGAAGGGCCUCAAGAAAGGUGUAAGAUAUUAUUAUCAGGUUGGAAGUGACUCUAAAGGGUGGAGUGAGACUCACAGCUUUGUGUCUCGGAAUGAAGAUUCAGAUGAAACCAUAGCAUUUUUAUUUGGAGAUAUGGGAACUGCUACACCUUACACAACAUUUGUCCGUACACAAGAAGAAAGCAUAUCAACGAUGAAGUGGAUUCUCCGUGACAUUAAAGCUCUUGGUGACAAGCCUGCUUUUGUUUCACAUAUUGGAGAUAUCAGUUAUGCGAGAGGUUACUCUUGGUUGUGGGACCAAUUUUUCACACAAAUUGAACCUGUUGCAUCAAGAGUAGCAUACCAUGUUUGUAUCGGUAAUCAUGAAUAUGAUUGGCCUUCACAGCCUUGGAAACCUGAUUGGUCACUGUAUAUUUAUGGAACUGAUGGUGGUGGUGAAUGUGGGGUACCCUACAGCCUUAAGUUUCACAUGCCUGGGAACUCUUCAGAACCAAGCGGGAGCCAUGCUCCGGCAACUCGAAACCUUUACUACUCAAUGAAUGUUGGGGUGGUACAUUUUGUCUACAUUUCAACUGAGACCAAUUUUCUUAAGGGGAGCAAUCAGUAUAAUUUUAUAAAGCAUGACUUAGAAUCAGUUGAUAGGAAAAAGACCCCGUUUGUGGUUGUCCAAGGGCACAGGCCAAUGUACACUACAAGCAAUGAAAUUAGAGACAAGCCAAUAAGGGAGAAAAUGCUUGAGCACUUGGAACCUUUGUUUGUGAGAUACAAUGUGAGUAUUGCAUUGUGGGGUCAUGUCCACAGAUAUGAGAGGUUUUGUCCUCUGAAUAACUUCACCUGUGGGAGCAUGGGCCUGAAUGGAGAGAAAGGGCAGGCAUUUCCUGUUCAUAUUGUGAUUGGAAUGGCAGGACAAGACUGGCAACCUAUAUGGGAACCUAGAGCUGACCAUCCAAAUGAUCCGAUCUUCCCACAGCCUUAUCGGUCUCUGUAUCGAGGGGGUGAAUUUGGAUAUACUAGGUUGGUUGCUACAAAAGAUAAGCUUACCUUUUCCUAUGUAGGAAACCAUGAUGGGGAGGUGCAUGAUAUGUUUGAGAUCCUGGCAUCUGGGCAGGUUCUCAAUGGAGAUGGUGAUAGUAGCGAUGGUGGCAUUGGCAGUACAGAAGCCACGAGUCAUAUGGUUGAGUCUACCUUUUCUUGGUACGUCAAGGUAGCAAGUCUCUUGGUACUUGGGGCUUUUGUGGGCUAUGUUCUUGGUUUUGUUUCACACAGUAGGAAAGUAGCUGCUUCUGGGAACUGGACUCCUGUGAAGAGUGAUGACACAUGAAGUAUAUUACAUUGAAGCAAUAGUUUUCAUGCAAUGUUUACAUAAGGGUUUGAAGUUUUCAGGCAAUGGUUUCCCAUAGUUUGGACUGCCUGAGAAGAUGGAAACAAAAAAUGGUAUGGCCAUAAUGCUUGUGAAUAACAUUUUGUAGAUAUGCAAUUUCCUACUUCUUGUGAAAUAAUAGUAAUGAAUGACUCUACAAGUAUUUGUAAGUAUUACUUUGCCUGUAUGUCAAAUUAAGAUGCUACUAUAUAAUCUAAGAAGUCCUUUGUACUAGUGUAUGCAUGAUCUUGUUUUACCUUCA